CGUCAGGACAGCGCCUUCAGGAGAUGUACUGCACAGCCUGAUUGUGCAAAAUGUUGAGGUAUCGAGAGGAGUUGUUAUGCAGAAGUCCUGGGCUUUGAGGUAGCACGUGAGCGAAUCUAGCCUUGGCUCCCCAAUGGCGUUGAGAAGGACUGCCACCAGCGGACUAAGGCUCCUUCUCAGAAAUCAAGAACUCAACGGGGCUACAGGCUGGCAUGUCAUAUCAAGGGAGCUGCAGAUACAAGCAUCCAGGCAGAUAUUCCCUGCAUGUUGUUCCUUGCUUCAGCCACAGGACAGCCAGAGCUCGUGGGAUAAGGGCAACAGGAGAAAUGGAUUCAGCAACACACCAUUCCUUCCUCAAAGCGCGCAGCCGGCUUUUGCACAGCCUACAGAGGAAGAGCAGGAAGAUAACCAGCGGAGAGAAAAAGUGCUGGAAGAGUCACCACCUUCAGCGACUGCAAUUAUCUCGGCUGCUGCUGUCACCGGAGAUGCCAAGCUUUGUGAUGACGCCAUCGGCUCACUACAAAAGGCGCGCAGCAAAGCGGAGGCCCGCAGCAGGAGCAGGAGUCAGUUUGCGGAGACAACCAUUGCAGACAGGGUGAGGACGCUGGCGCAAGCAACAUACUCGUUUGUGCGCAUGUCUGUGAUGUUCACAGUGUCGAUGCCUGGCCGCAUUGGGCGCUUCAUGGCGCUGUCCAGAGCCGAGCGGCGCGAGGUCUACAAGGGUUGGUGGCUGGCCACCAAGAAGGAGGCCAAGCACUACUGGUCUGGAAUGAAGCUGCUGUAUGCAGAGGUGAAGAUCACUCUGCGCCUGAUCAACAAGGCGCUGCAUGGGCACCAACUCACCAGGCGCGAGCGGCGGCAGCUGACGCGGACGACGGCGGAUGUCUUCCGCAUGGUGCCCAUGCUGGUGAUCCUGGCGAUUCCCUUCAUGGAGCUGCUGCUGCCUGUGGCGCUCAAGCUGUUCCCCAACAUGCUGCCGUCCACGUUUGAGGACAAGCUGAAGAAGGAAGAGGAGCUCAAGAAGCGCGUCGGUGUCAAAUUGGAAGUUGCACGCUUCCUGCAGGACACGGUGUCGGAGAUGGCGAAGAACAUGAAGUCCAGCAAGACGGGCGAGACGCAGGCCUCCGCAGCGGAGCUCUACGCCUUCAUGAAGCAGGUUCGCGCGGGGCAGCCGGUGAGUCAGUAUGAGAUCGUCAAGUUCGCGCAGCUCUUCAACGACGAGCUCACGCUGGACAACUUGGAGCGGAUUCACCUCGUCAAUCUCUGCCGCUUUGUCGGCAUCCAGCCCUUCGGCACCGACGCCUUCCUGGUGGCGCGGCUGCGUUCGCACCUGGAGCAGAUAAAGCGCGACGACCGCAUGAUCAAGGCUGAGGGGCUGGAGGCGCUGUCCGAGGACGAGCUGCGGCAGGCAAGAAUCUAUUUCCACAAAGGACCUCCUUUUCCUUCAAGUUCUGUUGCGUGCCGGGCGCGAGGCAUGCGCGCGCCGUUCGGGGAGGGCGCAGUCAUGUUCAUGCGCAAGCAGCUCAAGGAGUGGCUCGAUCUCUCCCUCAACAGGGCGCUGCCAAGCUCGCUGCUGCUGCUGUCGCGCGCGUUCACAGUGACGCAGCCGCUGGAGUCGCCACGUGAGGAUGCACCAUAUGAGUCCCUCAAGGAGACCAUCUCCUCGCUGCCCAACAAGGUCAUCGCUGAAGUCACGCUGGACCGCGACGGUGACGCUGACUACGACCGCAAGCUGGACCAGCUUAGGCGCGAGGAGGAGCUGAUCGUGGAGGAGAACAAGGAGGCCGCCGCACUGCUGCAGGCCGAAAUCCCCAUCAUCCAACCCGGCCAGAACGCGCAGGAGGAGCUGUCGGCAGCGGCAGCAGCGGCGGUGGUGCGUGAGGCGCAGGCGUCGGCGGUGAUGGACGUGUUUGAGGGCGAGAGCGCGGAGGAGAAGGCAUGCAAGAUCGCAGCCGCCAAAGAGGAGCGCAUGCGCAAGGUCAUCAGCGCGUUGGCGAUGCUGGCAAGCAGCAGCGGGGUGAGCAGCGAGCGCAGCGCGUUCAUGGGCCUGGUCAAAAACGAGAUUGAGCGGCUCAACAGUGAGAUCAGCGCGCGCGGCGCCCUCACCAUGAUCUUCCAGCGCGGCAACAUCAAGGCGCGUCUCUCACCUUCCCUGAAAAGUUUGUAUGUGGAGAAACCGGCGGAGGUGAAAGAGGUGAUCGGGCAGAAGCGGCUGGCUGACAAGGUGACGGGGAUCCUGGAGCGCAUUGAGAAGGAGCUGGAUAGUGUGGAGUCCAAGAUUGGCGAGGCCAUGCACGUCCUGGACACAGACAACGACGGCAUGGUGACGCAAGAGGAGCUGCAGACGGCGAUGGGUUUCCUGAAGGAGCAGCUGGGGGAGGACGAGUUGAGGGCGCUGCUGGACCGCCUCAACGACUGGCAGCAGGACGGCGCAACGCCCAUCGACGUCGGCAAACUCAUGAAGAUGGCCGAGUCUGCAGAGCCCCUGGCACCAGGGUCCUCAUCCUAG